AUGCCCCUCUUUGGCUGGACGAAACGGCCACAGCCCGCCCACAGACCCACCCCCUGCCCCAGCCCCGAUGGGGUGGCAAGGAUGCUGCUCCGGGAGCUGCAGUGGCAGCUGGAGGAGCGCGAGAGGGCACUCCAGGAGGUGGAAAAGGGCCGGGGGAGAGGCACAGGCGUGGGCUGCCGCCGGCUGAGAAACUACCAGGUCCCCCCCACAAGCAUCCCGGCUGCCGAACAGAGACAGCUUGAAGCGCUCUGCUCCCAAGUGCAGGCUCGCCAAACCGGGGCCAUCCUCAGCAGGUUCCGAGAGGUGUUGGCAGGGAACGAUGUGCUGCCCUGGGAAAUGGUCUGCCUCUUCAAGCAGGUUUCGGAGGACGCCCUGGGUAGGAGGGGUGGGCAGCCGAGGGGCCCCAGCCCGCCUGCCUGCCCAGGGGACCGCGCCCGGAGCGCGGACAGGGGUGAGAUUCCCAUUUCCAGCUACGUGGCCAGAAACAGGGAGGGCAGGCUCCGCGCGCCCACACGCAGGGCACGGGACCUGCCGUGUGACCCCACCCAGUCGAGCUGCUGGGACCAGAGGCGUUCCGAGGCCCACCUCCGGGUCAGGGUGCGCGACAUCGGGAAUGAGAACAGCAACACGACGCCACCCAGGUCAGAAGUCAAACCUCCCGUGGCGGUGCCCUCUCUCUUCAAUGGGGCUUCUUUCUGA